AUGUGGAAAGCUAAUGAUGCGAAAUGGCUAACUGUUGAUGUGGUCGGAAGCUCGGGUGGGAUUCUUAUCACCUGGAAAUCUUCUAAAUGGGACCUUGUCUCCUCUUCUUCAGGCACCUUCUUGAUGUCUAUGAUUAUUCAAGAUAAGUCUUCCUCCUCUCAGUAUCUCCUUUCAGUUAUUUAUGGGCCUAUCAGUCAGUCUCUAAGGGCUAGUUUAUGGGAUGAGCUUUCACAGGUUAGACGGUCAUUCUCUGGACCGUGGUGUGUGGUUGGCGAUUUUAAUAUUACGCGUUAUCCAGAGGAUCACUCCAGACGCAGAAGACCCUCCUCCGCCAUGGCUCGCUUUUCUAACUGGAUCCAGCAAGAGGAGCUUAUUGACUUGCCUCUCUUGGGUGCGAGAUUCACUUGGACCAAUGGUCGGGCCUCUCCUAUCCAAUCUCGUUUGGAUAGAUUACUUGUCUCACCUGAAUGGCUUGAAGCUUUCCUGACCAUUAAGAAAAUCACCUUACCGCGAACCACUUCUGAUCACUACCCGAUUCUGCUGACUGUGGAAGAUGAAAACUGGGGCCCAAAACCUUUUAGGUUCAAUUCUUCUUGGCUCCAUUUAGAGGGUCUCCAUCAGAAAAUCGUAGAAUGGUGGAAGUCCUUCCAGGUGAAAGGAUUUGCUGGCCAUAAGUUACUCUAUAGACUCAAACUUCUCAAGGAGAAGCUGAAGGAAUGGCGAAGGGAGGAAACUCAGAAUCGUGAGGCAAAGAUUGAAGCUCUUAUGUCUGAGUUACAAAAAAUUGAUCGCGUCUCUAAAGAAGUUCCGAUGUCUAAAUAG